AUGAUUUACAGGAGAUCACUUUGUAUUGACUGUUUCAAAGAAUCUGUCAUUAUUGAUAUUCUCAGGUGUCCCAAUCCAAAUGACGGCACAGUGGAUCUGCUGCAGAACGGCGUCUCGACAUCCAGCCGUUUCUCCUUUGGGAUGUUUAUCUUCACUGCAAACUCCACUAGGCUUUACCUGCACUGCGCUGUCCACCUUUGCCUUCUGUCAAGCAAUCGCUGCUCAAUGGACUGUGGCUCUGGACACCAGCGGAGAGAGCGCAGGUCUCUGGACUUCCAUGACAGUGCUUCCAUAUCCCUGGGUCCUCUGGUGUUGUCUGAAGGGAACACAGAUAAGUGGGUCCCAGAACAAGUGAAGGUGUCUGAGGCUUCUUGUCUGUGUGGUUCUCUGAUGCUGAUACUUGUUCCUCUGAUGAGUGUCCUCACACACUUUUAGCUUAA